AUGGAUGCACUCACCUACCUGUCACGCAUUCAGCGUCGCCUACCCCGAGCGCCGAUGCUAACUCACGGACACGACCAACACGACUCACCAAUCGACUUUGGCAACAUGAAUGAGCCCUACAUCAAGUCCGAGCCUCAUGACAUGGGGUUCGAUCCCAACCAAUACAUGCAAUAUCCACAACACCAGAACUACAACAUGCAGAACGGAGCGAUGAACGUGAACCCAGCAAACCUCACCGGCGGCAAUAGUUUCAACAUGGGAAACUCUGGAAUCGCAGACGAUGAACUAGCCGACCUGAACCUCGACCACCAAAACGGCUUCGACAUGCAGCAAGGCAUGCAGAAUUUCAUGCAGCAGCAGAUGCAGCAGCAACAAGCGCACCAGCAAAGCACUGGCAUGUUCUCACACACUCCUGAUGGCGCACCUAUCCAGUCACCGUUCACACACGACUUCAACUUCAACCAGUUCCGACCCAUGAAUGGCCAACAAGGUCAGUUUGCUGGCGGUCACAGCAUGCCGCAGCAAACCGCUGGCUAUCGAAAUCACAAGAUCAAUGUCAACACCUCAAGGUCACCAGCGACACCACAUCUACAAAUGGAAGACCUUCAACACCCAGGCAUGCAACAAAUUCAUCGUCGACAACAGGCAUCCCUUGGUGGGAACGGCUGGGACAGUACUCCUAGCGGCCACAGCUGGAACGAGUCUUCACCUUUUCCUUCGCCAGCCAACGGCCAGCCAGUGCACGCCCAAAUCUCCGAAGUGCUGAAGACUAGUGGUCAUCAUCACAAAGUCGCAUCGUCCUUGCCAGCCAAGAUGGAAGGCGGCGGUCAAUUCCAGACUCAGGAGGCCAAGCGUCGCAGACGCCGGGAGUCACACAAUGCGGUCGAACGCAGACGCCGCGACAACAUCAAUGAGCGCAUCCACGAUCUCGGCAUGCUAGUUCCACAGCACAGACUCGAGGACGAGAAGGUGCGCAAGCAUUUGCAGACCAACGCGCCCUUGUCACCAUCCAUCACGAACGCUGGAAUGUCUCCACCGAAUGCCACGUCACUUCUGUCAAGCAGUGCUGGCCGCCGUGCCACCAGCGGCAAUAUUACGCAAGGCCUGCCACUCGACGACAAGGAGAAGGGCCCCAACAAGGGCGACAUCCUCAAUGGAUCCGUAGCUUGGGCUCGCGAUCUGAUGUGGUACACGCACAACAAGCUUAGGCAGGAGCAGGAGCUCAAGGAGCUACUCACGAAGAUGAAUGUUGCCUGGCCAUUCGAACAAGACGACGACGAGAAGCGCAUGCACAGUGAGAUCUGCGAGAUUCUCAACAAGCAUGCUUCGAUGGGUGGCUUCACCGAGUAUUCUCGCGAAUCUGGAUCCGGUCUACGUGUGCCAGGCUUCACGAACGUUGCUGGUGAUACAGUCAACGGCGAUGACCAAGCUACUGGUAACGGCUUCGGCAACCACACACAAUCACUUAGUCCUGGGUUUCAAUCUGGCGGCAGUGGAAUGAGCAGCGGACAGAUGUCUCAGCAGCAACAGCAGCAGCAGCAGCAACAGCAGUUCUGGACUGGUGGCGAAUUCAAGGAAGAGGACGAGUGGAUCAUGGAUCAAUAG